UAAACUGUCACUUUAUUAAUAGUUAGCUCAACCAACAAGUCCACUUUUUUCGUUUGCUCGUCUCAUCAUCUCCUUGAACCGUCCAUUUAGAUUUCAGUUCGAAUAUCGAUCGUCACUGCAGGACCGUGUUUGUUAUCCCUCUAAUCGAAAAAAAUAAAAUAAAAAAAGUUGGAGAGAGAUGAAACAGAGGCCUAAAGUUGCUCCCUCAAAGUCAAAUUCAGCUAUUGGUGAAUCAAGAAAUCAAGAAAAUAGUAAUGGCGGAGGGAAUACAUCAUUGAAGGACAAAAAUGUAGUAUUGGCAGCUAAGAGGUCAACUUAUGUGAUAUUUGCCUUGUUUGUGAUGGCUUUAUAUGGGGCUUGGGGAGUGUAUCAUUAUCAAUUUGUGCAUCUGCCUGUGCCUUUGAGUUCCCAGCAGGUGGGAAAAAGGGGGUUUUCUGAGCUUGAAGCCAUGAAGCAUGUGAAAGCUUUGACUCGGUUGGGUCCACAUCCUGUUGCUUCUGAUGCCCUCGAGAGUGCACUAAAGUAUGUAACAGAAGCAGCAGAAAGCAUUAAAAAAACAGCUCACUGGGAGGUGGAUGUGGAAGUGGAUUUGUUCCACGUGAAGUCUGGUGCUAACAAUCUGGUUGGUGGCCUUUUUAAAGGGAAAACUCUUCUUUAUUCAGAUUUGAAUCACAUCGUACUAAGAAUCAUGCCCAAAUAUGGAUCUGAAGCACGAGAAAAUUCAAUCCUAGUCUCCUCCCACAUUGACACCGUCUUUGCAGCGGAAGGAGCUGGUGAUUGCAGUUCAUGUGUGGCUGUUAUGCUUGAGCUUGCUCGAGGAGUUUCUCAAUGGGCUCACGGGUUUAAGAAUGCAGUUAUAUUUUUAUUUAAUACAGGAGAAGAGGAAGGCUUGAAUGGUGCUCACAGCUUUAUCACUCAGCAUCCUUGGAGUGAUACAGUGCGGUUGGCCAUUGAUUUGGAAGCAAUGGGCAUAGGAGGCAAAUCUGGUGUUUUCCAGGCUGGUCCUCAUCCUUGGGCUAUAGAAAACUAUGCUUUGGUUGCAAAAUAUCCAUCUGCACAAAUUGUUGCCGAGGAUCUUUUCUCUUCGGGCGCUAUAAAAUCAGCGACGGACUUUCAAGUGUACAAAGAGCUUGCACGACUUUCAGGGCUCGAUUUCGCAUUCGCAGAUAAUACCGCUGUGUACCACACUAAGAACGACAAGUUAGAACUUUUGUCACCUGGUUCUCUGCAACAUCUUGGAGAAAAUAUGCUUGCUUUCUUGCUUCAUGCAGCUUCUUCCACCAGCCUCCCGAGUGACAAAUCAGAAGAAUCAGAUAUGAAAUCCAGCGAGGAAAAGGCUAUAUAUUUCGAUGUUUUGGGUACAUACAUGAUCACAUUCAGGCAGCGUUUUGCCACCAUGCUUUACAAUUCAGUAAUAUUACAAUCCCUCUUGAUAUGGACAACUUCGGUUUUCAUGGGCGGUUAUACUGCAGUCAUCUCAUUGGCUCUAUCAUUUGUAAGCAUCAUUCUCAUGUGGAUAUUUUCCAUUAGUUUUUCAUCUGCCGUGGCCUUUGUUCUCCCGCUCGUGUCGUCUUCACCAGUACCAUUUGUCGCUAGCCCGUGGCUUGUUGUUGGUUUAUUCGGUGCACCUGCACUUCUUGGAGCAUUGACUGGUCAACACGUUGGUUAUCGUUUUCUCGAGACUUAUUUGGCAAGUAAUGUAACUGAGAGAAGGAAAAGUUUGCCAGCUGGCUUGAAAGCCAGUGUGGCUAAGCUGGAUGCUGAGAGAUGGGUUUUUAAAGCCGGCUUACUGCAAUGGCUUGUUGUGUUGAUAGCCGGGAGUUAUUAUAAGGUUGGCGCUACUUAUCUAGCUUGUGCUUGGUUAGUCUCACCCGCAUUUUCAUAUGGUCUGCUCGAGGCAACAUUAUCACCAACAAGGCUUCCAAAGCCGCUUAAAACCGUGACCUUGAUUAUCGGCUUGUUUUUGCCCUUUCUACUCUCUUCUGGCAUGAUAAUUAGGUUGACUGCUACUGCAAUUGGAAGUGCUGUCCGCUUUGUACGGAACCCUGGCACAACUCCUGAAUGGAUGGGAAAUAUUGUUAUUGCCAUUUUCAUUGCUGCUGUUAUAUGUUUGACAAUGGUGGUGCACGUUGUGGACACGACAGGCGAAAAUCGCGAACCGGUCUCUUACAUUUCUCUAUUCUCGACAACUCCUGGUAACCUGAACAAGGAAGCUAACGAUAUUGGGGAGGGGUUCGUCUGUGGCAAAGACAAACAUAUAGAUUUCGUCACUUUCUCCGUAAAUUACAGCUGUUGGUCGAACAAAAAUGCCGAAAUUGGGUGGGUCAAGUCCGAGAUACCCACAAUCCACGCGGAUAAUAAGGAUACAGAAGGAGACAGCCGAGUCACUCAAGUUUCCAUAGACGCAAAAGCUUCUACCCGAUGGUCUCUUGGGAUUAAUACCGUUGAAAUCGAAGAUUUUCAGUUGAAAGAAUCAGAAACUUUCGAGGAAUUGAUCUCGGCUGGCGAAAAGGGUAGUGUCGACGGGUGGCACACAAUUCAGUUCUCGGGCGGUAAAAGGGCCCCAACCAAGUUUGCUCUCUCCCUUUUCUGGUCCCAAAAUAGUACGCGCGCGACAACUUCUUAUGAUGCAGGUAAAGACCAUAAAACCCUUUUGAGACUUAGAACGGAUGUCGACAAGUUGACACCACAGUAUAAAAAGGUUCUUGAGAAGCUUCCCCGGUGGUGUUCGCUCUUCGGGAAGUCGACAUCCCCACACACAUUUGCAUUUGUGAGCAGUUUACGGAUUUCUUUCUAGAAACUUCUGGAGAUUGACCAUUGCUGGAACUUAGACCACCUCCCGCCCUUAUCUCUACUCCGGUGUAGAUUUUAUUAGAGUAGAGUUAAUCAACAGCCAAAGUUUCUCUCCAAUCGACAUUUUCACGACAUGAAUAUAUAUACAUUUUAUUCUCAUUAUUUUAAAUUAAUUGUAGUUCAAAAAGUAUAAGAAAUGAAAUAUAUUAUCUUGCACAUAUGUAGUUAUUUUAAAUUAUGAUUGAAAAAUAUAGAAUUAAAUACAACAUUAUUUGUAUCAAGAUUAUUUUAUUUUUUAGAAG